GCUUUGAACUGAUCACUGAGAAGGAGCUUGCCGAGAUCCAGGAGGCCUAUGAGCUGGGAGGUCUUUCUGAGGUGGUGACGCGUAUCCAGUGCAGCCUGGAGACCAUCUGGAACGCCCAGCUUGAUAUUGCUGUCACUGGAGAGUCCGGUGCCGGCAAAUCCACAUUCGUCAAUGCCUUGAGGGGCUUGGGUGAUGAGGAUGAGGGGGCGGCCGAGACAGGUGUGACCGAGACCACGACCCAACCCACGGCCUACUCCUACCCCGGCUACCCCAACGUCAUCCUGUGGGACCUCCCAGGCAUUGGCACACCCAACUUCCAAGCGGAUCACUACUUGGAGGCCGUGAAUUUCUCUCGCUACGAUUUCUUCAUCAUCCUGGCCUCAGAGAGGUUUAAGGAGAACCACAUCCGUUUGGCCCAGGCCAUUGUAGGAGCGGGCAAGAGGUUCUACUUUGUGCGCACCAAGGUGGACAACGAUCUGGAGUCCAUGGCGAGGAGGAAGAACCCGCCCACCGAAGAGGAAGUCUUGGAGGAGAUCAGGGACGACUGCCGCGAGAAGCUAGCCAAGGCCGGGCUCGGAGACGCCAAGGUCUUCCUCCUCAGUAGCUUUGAGAUCAACAAGUUUGACUUCCAAACCUUCGAGGACACUUUGGAGCAAGAACUGCCGAGCCACAAGCGCCACGCUUUCCUGUUGUCCCUGCCCAACAUCUCCUUGGCGAUCAUUGAGAAGAAGAGACAGCUCCUCCACCAGGAGGUUUGGAAGGUCGCCUUGGUCUCCUGUUUGGUGGCCGCCGUCCCCUUGCCGGGCUUGGCCUUCACCUGCGAUGUCUCCAUCUUGCUGAGGAAGCUUUCCACCUACCGCCAGGACUUCGGCCUAGACGCGGCGUCCUUGACACGGCUGGCAGAGCGCUCCGGGAAACCCUUGGAGGCGCUACGGGCUGAAGUACGUAGCACUCUAGGCCGCACCAUCAACCGGGAUGUGGUGGUCGGGUUGUUAGGCAAGGCCACCGGCACGGGCUUGAUGGUCGCUGAGUUCCUUCUCCACCGUAUCCCGAUUUAUGGAGCCCUGGCUGCUGGGGGUAUGUCCUUCCACUCUACCUACUCCAUGUUGAGCCAUUGCUUGGAAGAGCUAGCUCAUGAUUCCCAGAGGGUCCUCUUGAAAGCCUUUGACAGUGAAGUCUGA